CUCCUCCUCCUCCUCCUCCUGCUGCUCCUGCUGCUCAUAGAAACUGUGCUGCUCCCUCAGCAGCUUCAGACGCGCUUCUCUCUGUUUCCAGUCGAUCACACUUCACAGAAACUCCGCCGCUCCGACUUUGGUUUCACAAACUUUAUUCGGGUUCGGUGCCAUGCUGGAUUAAGCGCAUUAACGCAGUUCUUCGGCGCGAGAAGGUUUGUUUUCCGACAGCGCAGGUACAAUGAGCGCAUUCUGCUGCAGAUCCACUGAUUAGGGGGGAGAGAUCAGUUUUCUACAAGGUUGCAGUGUUUGCACUGUGACCUGUAGAGUUGGACGCAGAUAGCAAGAGGACAUUCUAGCACCAUGGAUAUCGGCAAUGAUGUGGAUCUGUCCAAUAAAAACAUCACCCCACUGUGGAAACGCCGCACGGACAAAUGUAAAAAACCCCAGGACUCCAGCAAACCCAAACCGCGACCCCUCAGUUACCACCUAAAUGGGGUCAUGACGACGGACUUCCCUGAGGAGGACAACAGUUGUUCCUUCACCUUGAGCCAGCCGGCUGAGAGGCUGGUGGUGCCCCCGCCCAGUUGGGGCAAGAACACUGUAGUACUGAAGCACGUUCUGCACAAACCCUCCAAGAAAACCAGAGUUGUACGGAGUAUCAGCAUAGGGCACUUCUCUAACGGACUCUUCUCGCUGUCCAAAUUUAGGUCUGAUGAUAGCAAGUCCUCCUCACUGGACAAUAGAGUGUACAAUGGAGGCUGUGACAGGGGGAAAACCACUAAUGGAGGGACAGUGUGGCAGGAAAAGAGUCUCCAGGAUCCCAGCCCGUCCAGUGGAAGGUCACUGAAAGACCAGAUAGCAUUUGGGAGUUCGCCUUCAUCUGAAUCUGUUCCUCUGAACUCCUCUCCUGUCCUGUCUCCGUACACUCCCAACAACAACAACUACAACCACCAUGAACUGUCCUCCCUUUCGUCCACAUCCAGCCCCUCUCCUCCAGCCCGGCGUACCCCCACUCCCUCCCACAGCUCCACCUCCAGCAUCCCCUCCCUGUCCUCCCUUACCUCCUCAGACCCCCCGACCCCUCGCUCCCCAUCGCCAGCAGACAGAGGACAAGCUCUCCCUAGAGCGCCCUCAUCCUCGCCGGCCUCCUCUCAGGACACCAGGCAUGCCUCUUCCUCUUCCUCCAUGUCCUCCACCUCCCCCUCCCCCUCACUUUCCCCAUCUAUAUCUCCCUCCCCCUCCAUUGUCCUCAGCACCAACAGCCCUGCUGCCCUGAAGAUGGGCACCCAGCAGCUCAUUCCCAAGGGUUUAGCAUCGGGGAUCCGCAGCAAGGCGCCUCACGCUGAGCAAAGCCAAGGUUUGGUCGGGCUGCUGGGGUUGGAUCAUUCCAAGCGAGCGCUGAAAGCUCUCAGCAUGGUAGAAACAGGAAGCUACUUUUCUACCGGAGGGGGCCACGGUGAAGGGACGGAUGGGGAAAGUGAGAGCCCAGGGACACUAAGACGAGGUCUGAGGAGUACGUCCUAUAGGAGGGCCGUUGUGAGCGGAGUAGACCUAGAGGUCCCAUCGGUAGAUCCCAAGGCCCAUCGGUUGGCCCAGGCUAUCAUCAAGUGGCAAAAUGAGGACAUGCCAGAUUCAGUCAGCCCAGCAAGUCCUGGCACGGUAAACCCUCCGAGCCCUGGAAGUGCCAAGCCUCCGAGCCCUGGGACGCCCAAACUCUCCAGUCCUGGGACGCCCAAACUCUCCAGUCCCGGGACGCCCAAACUCUCCAGUCCUGGGACGCCAAAACUCACCAGUCCUGGGACGCCCAAACUCUCCAGUCCUGGGACGCCCAAACUCUCCAGUCCUGGGACGCCCAAACUCUCCAGUCCUGGGACGCCCAAACUCACCAGUCCUGGGACGCCGAAACCAGCCAGCCCCAGGAUUUCGAAGCCUGCUAGCCCUGGGAAAGAAAAGCCGAGCAGCACUGAGAAAAACAAGAGUCCAGAGAAGAAAAGAGUUUUGACCACUCAGCGCACAUUUGACAGUGAAGAGGAGGAACUGUACCAGAACUACCAGGAGAAGGCCUUACAUAAUGAUUCAGAUGAGGAUGCUGAUUCCAGAGAACCCAAACCAGAUAACGGCAUCGUGGUGCAGUACAGACCUAUACGCACCUCCUGGAGCCAGCUCAGUGUGGUCAAGAAAAGUGGUCUUUCUGAUCGAAUGAGCCAGGAAGAACGCAAAAGACAAGAGGCCAUCUUUGAGGUGAUCUCGUCGGAGCACUCUUAUCUCCACAGCCUGGAGAUCCUGAUCCGCAUGUUCAAGAACUCUGCAGAGCUCAGCGAGAUCAUGACCAAGACCGAACACCACCACCUCUUCUCCAACAUCACGGACGUCUGUGAGGCCAGCAAGAAGUUCUUUAAGGAGCUGGAGGAGAGACACCACCAGAACAUUGUAAUCGAUGACAUCAGUGACAUCGUCGACAAACAUUCUCAGUCCAACUUUGACCCGUACGUCACAUACUGCUCCAACGAGGUCUACCAGCAGAGGACCCUGCAGAGGCUGGUCUCCAAGAAUCCAGUGUUUAAGGAGGUGCUGACCAGGAUCGAGAGCCACCCAGACUGCAGGAACCUCCCCAUGAUCUCCUUCCUCAUCCUGCCCAUGCAGAGGAUCACCCGGCUGCCCCUCCUCAUGGAUACAAUUUGUCAGAAGACACCUAAAGACACGGCACAAUAUGAAGAGUGUAAGAAGGCUUUACAGGCAGUCAGCAAGGUGGUAAGGAAGUGUAAUGAAGGAGCUCGCACCAUGGAGAGAACAGAGAUGAUGUACACCAUCAACUCUCAGCUGGAGUUCAAGAUCAAGCCGUUCCCGCUGGUCUCGUCCUCCAGGUGGAUGGUGAAGAGAGGAGAGCUCACUGCGUUUGUGGAGGACAACGGCAUCUUCCUCAAGCGGAAAACGCGGCAACAAGUUUAUUUCUUCCUCUUCAAUGACGUCUUCAUCGUCACCAGGAAGAAAAGCGAGGAGAGCUACGCGGUGCUGGACUACGCUCUGAGGGACCAGAUCUGGGUGGGCCCCGGCCGGCCCGAGGACCUCAGCCUGUCUCCGGUCAGGAGCUCCGGCAGCAUGCUGAGCUCACGCCAGGCUGGCGCCAACCAUCUUUUCCGCCUGCGUUUCCGUAGCAACCACUCCGGUGAAAAGGUCCCCAUGAUCCUCGGGACGGAGCUGCUGAAUGAACGUGCUCGAUGGAUCAGCGCUCUGGGCCAGAACGUCAACAACAACAAGAGUCAGGACAGAAGCAACGUCCUGCAGGUGGAGGUGAUCAGAACUUACACCGCCAAGCAGCCUGACGAGCUCUCGCUGCAGGUGGCUGACGUGGUGCUGCUGUCACAGAGCGUAGAGGACGGCUGGUAUGAAGGCGAGCGGCUGCGUGACGGAGAGCGCGGUUGGUUCCUGGCUGAAUGUGCCGAGCCAAUCACGUGCCAGGCCACCAUCGAGCGCAACAUGCAGAGGAUGGACCGCCUGCAGGGCCUGGAGACCAACGUAUGAGCAGGACCCUUUGACUCCCAGAGACCCAGAGACUCUUUAUGAGAACUGAACCAGGACACAAGAGUUCAGUUACAUCAUCAGUCUCUGGCCUUCGUUCUGCUGGACAGAAGGUUAAAGAUGAAGACUCUUCAGACUUCUGUCCACUACAAACCGUCUGGAGCUUCAAGGCAGAGAGUUGAGAACGAACAGAGACUAACAGAGAUCUCCUGAAUGAGUGGCGGGUCUGAGUGGGUGGGAUGGGGGGGGGGAUCUGUCACAUUCAUUAAUUCUCCGGUUGGUAAGAAAACCUCACACCCACUAGCCAGAGUCACUGCUUUCAGAACCGUGCUACAGAACAACGGUUGGUGUGAAAUUUGUAUUUUUUUUUGUAUUUUCAAGCAUAUUUUUUGAGUGUAAGUGAUGUGCAAUGGAAUAAUUGAGAGUACUCCAUCGCUAUAGGAGGGAAAGUAGAACAAACAGUGUGGAAAUGACAGCAGCCUGAUUUCUGUUAAUGAGGAUCGGCCAUGUGACGAUGCAGCUAUGAAGAUGAAGAUGGUGGUGAUAAUAACGUAGUGAUGAUCAGGCAGCUUCUUUAGUGUGUGUGUGUGUGUGUGUGGGUUCGUCUUGUGACAGUUUCAGUAGUGAAACUAUUACAGCGAACACAAUAAAAUACAAAAGGUGUAUAUUAAGCUGCAAAAGAAAAACAUGAGUUCUACUUGUCUGAAGCCCAUGGCACUUUGUGUAAAUAGAACAAGUCAUAAUGAAUUGGAUAAGAAGAGUUAGAGUCCUCUGGGAGGUUAUAAGCUCGUAUGUCAUGUGCAGGUUAAGAAGGGCCGUUUGUCUCCAGUUAAUGUCACCGCCCUGAAUCACUCUACAUUUGUGUCACAAAUGCCAUUUUUCUCUCCAUCCACUCAAUUAUUUGAAAUAUGGCCCACACUAGCUGCCAGCCAGGGGAGUGUAUAUAAAUAUGGCCCUCAGGAUUUAUAUCUGUGAUGCUACAGGAGAGAAGAAGUUAAUUAGUGUGCUGACGGUGAGACCGGAAGAGAAGAGCUGCCCCGCUGCUGUUAGUGUGAGUCAUCAUUUAGUGUUGCCACGCCCAGCCAGAGGACACCAACGGCUGGGUGGGAGUGUGGUGGUGAUAACACCAUCUAUCAGCCCCCCGCUCUGGCCCUGCUCCAGACCAUAGACCGCUCCAUGAAGCAGGUCCAGACCACAACAGAUCCAUGAAGCAGGUCCAGACCACAACCGCUCCAUGAAGCAGGUCCAGACCACAACAGAUCCAUGAAGCAGGUCCAGACCACAACCCUUAGCUCCAUGAAGCCAGGUGUGACAGGCAGGCAGCAGCAGGACACCAGGAUCCAGACCAUAGACCGUAUCAAUGAUCCAGACUAUAGACUAUAAAUGAUCCAGACUAUAGACCGUAUAAAUGAUCCAGACCAUAGACUGUAUAAAUGAUCCAGACCAUAGACUGUAUAAAUGAUCCAGACCAUAGACUGUAUAAAUGAUCCAG